GUGGUUUCACUCUGCCAACUUUGCCAGUCUUUCCAAGUCUCUGCCCAAGGCUCGAGUUAUCGAAAUUUUCUUUCCUUCCAUUUGCCAGGGGUCGACUGACAUAGGUCCCUUUCUCGGAAGUGGAUUGGUGUAAUUUGCAACUCGGCGGUGAAACUAUGAACGACUCCUACGCCAUGGCUGGUGCUGGUGAGAACCAUCGUCGCUCAGAGAGCUCAGAAGGCUUGAUGGGCGAAGACAAGACCUUUUCUUGCACGCACCCUGGGUGCAACAGACGCUUCACUCGGGCUGAGCAUAUGCAACGUCAUGCUCUCAACCAUAUGCCUGGCGGGUUGAGCUGCGAUUUAUGCAAUGCUCACUUCAAGCGACCUGAUCUGUUGAAACGGCAUAUGGACCGUCACCGCCAAAAAGAUCUCGAAGCAGGCGGACCAGGCUGCGGCGUUCUAGACACACGAAAGCGAUCUUGGAAGGCCCCGGACGGGUCUGUUGUAGAAAAGCGGCCCUGCCCGAAUCCGUCUGGACGGGGCCGGGCAUCGGGGGGUAAAGAGCGCCCUCAAGCUCAACAAGUUCCCUCACCUGACCCGGAACCCCACGACGGGGAUCAUCGUCUGUCCGGCUUGGACAUUGAGCCAGACCAAGAUUACUCCAUCGACAGCAUAUCACCAGAGUUUCAUAGGCGCUCGACCUUGGAUCUUCGGCCAGGAAGCCAGAGCGAAGCUCAACAGUAUCCCUUUGGACGUCACGACGUUUUCAAUCCAACUGAACCUGUCACCAACUUCUCGGGAUUCCCCCCUUCUUUACAGUUUUCCGAUUUCAUAGGAUCGGAGAAUCACUUUGAUAUCGAUACGACCCAGUCCAGUAGCUGGGGCGAAACAUCAUUCAUGAGCGAACAGUUGGACUACGAUCAGAUCUUCCAACCCGACACUGCUAGCUCCUUUAAUAUGCCAUAUACGACUGCGCUGGAUUACAACUGGCUAUUCAACAUGCAAGAAAACUCGGCCCCCACCGCAACAUCGAGACCUUCGACCCUAGGUCAAGACUUUGAAGCUCACAUGGCAAACAACCAAUCCCAAACUAAAUCGCAAGCAAACGUCGCCAUCACACCGGAGUCGAUGAAGAGCGCACAGCUGUGGACGGAGCCCAUGGAGAUGAGUAGCAAGGAUCAGGAGAGACAGAGGUCGUCCGGUCCACCAAACAACACCUCAACAACCGCCAGUGAAGCUGCCAGACGACAAGCGAUGAGAAACUCCAGGGAGAGGAGCUCAGAAGUCGCGUCGUCCCGAAGGCCUAGCGAUGCGCCAUCAGCAGCUCGACAGCGUUACCCUGCACCCAGUCGGCCAACUCCGACCGAGCCAGAAAGACCAUUGUCUUCCUUGAGAAAGCCGCUUAUAAUCCCUCCUAUUGGCGAAGAUGUGAGAGAGAGGCUGUUAAACGUCAUUGAUGGCGCCAAGCCGAACCUUCCUGACCAACGCGUCACAAUAUGGGAGCACCCGUUACUAUCAGCGGACUCACUCAAGUCGUACCUGGAGCUAUUCUUCACUCGAUUCAACACCGCAUACCCCCUCAUCCACCUAGAAACCUUUGACUGCAGGAACACCGAGCCUUUGCUCCUGUUGUCCAUCCUGCUGCUGGGUGCCACAUACUCGAGCAAGGACUGUCACCAACUUGCCGUUUGCAUACACGAUGUCAUCCGGCCGAGUAUCUUUGCCCAUGCCGGGUUCUCACCUAGGCCAGAGCUCUGGACGUUGCAGACAAUUUUGCUAGUCGAAUGCUUUGGCAAGUCGCGCGCCGGUCAGAAACAACACGACAUGAGCCAUUUGUUCCACGGACUUUUGAUCAAUCUCAUUCGCCGUUCCGAUUGCCAGACUGUGCGACCGCCGGGUCCGCCACCAGUCUCAGGCGAAGAUAACGCUGGCAUCUUAGACCAGGCAUGGAGGAAGUGGGCCGACGCGGAGCAGAAGAAAAGGUUGGCCUUGCUCUGUUUCAUGUGGGAUACGCAGCACGCAGUUCUCUUCUGCCAGAGUCUCUGCAUGUCAGCUUUUGAGCUCCGACUAGAACUCCCGUGCAGCCAGAGCAUAUGGGAAGCUCGGGAUGCCGCAUCAUGGGCGUCGGCAUGGCGGUCAAGUCUUAGCGACCAGAGGCUAUUUUACUUGCCAACUCUCAAAUCCUAUCUGACACCGUCAGCCCCGCGGCCAGCUGGCCUCACUGGAUUCUCAAGAAUACUAGUCCUUCAUGGAUUGAUGUCCAUCUCUUGGGACAUGGGUCGGCGUGAUCAGACGGCCCUGGGUGUCGUGUCUGGAGAUAGCUUCGGGAUGGGUUGGCGCAAAUUGCUGAGCACCGCCUACGACGCAUGGAAAAACGACUUUGAUGCAUUCUGUGGCAGCUUCGCGUCCCAAUUACAACGGGGAUCUGCCUCCCAGGCCCAGGGAGUUCAACAGCAGGAGGUCGACGAAGACAUGACUCGGAAAGUGGAGUUCGAGUCGUUCGCGGCAGCAUACAAGGCUCUCUAUCAUUCAGCACAAGCUUUACUCAACAUGGACUUCUUGGAUGUUCAGAUAUACGCUGGUGCUCGUCACAUCCUCGGUAGGCCGGUACAGCAGCGAGACUACCACAGAUCCGCACAGGUUGUGAAAAAAUGGGCUGCGUCAGCUUGCGAGAUACAACAGCAGCAGCAGCAAAACCACCCACUCGUCCCAAGGCAAGAUCGAGGCGGGGCUGCUGACGCCAACGGCGAUCAAUCCAAGCAAUCCGCGUCCGAAGCAGCAUGGCACGCGGCGAGAAUGCUAGUCGAAACCAAGAGAACAUUGAACAGCAUGGAGGCCAUGAACCUCUUCCACGUGCCGUGGUGUCUAUACCUGGCGACGCUGACCUGCUGGGCCUACCACCACGCUCGCCCUAGUCGAUCGUACGGCGCAUCUUCGCGGCGGGCGUUUGACGCUUUUGAUGAUGAGGAUGACUUUGAGGACGACGAGAUGAUUUGGGAUCCGCAAGGCGAGAUGGAGGCUCUGGUUGCGAGCAUGUCGGAGCGCGCGGUACGGGGCGAAGUUGCUCUGCGGAGAGAGCGGAAGAGGACGAAUGGCUUGGUCUGGAUCAUGGCGGACGUCUUGACGACGGUGAGAUGGGGGAUUGUGCACGCUGGCGUUGUGGUUUUGCGGGGUCUUGUGCCUCAGCGUCUGAUUAACCAGUAUGAAGAGGUUAUCUAG